AUGGCUGAAUCCCACAGAUUGUACGUCAAAGGUAAGCACCUAUCCUACCAAAGAUCUAAGAGCGUUAACAACCCAAACGUCUCUUUGAUCCAAAUUGAAAACGUUGCUAACCCACAAGAUGCUCAAUUCUACCUAGGUAAGCGUGUCGCUUACGUCUACAGAGCCUCCAAGGAAGUUAGAGGUUCCAAGAUUAGAGUUAUGUGGGGUAAGAUCACAAGAACUCACGGUAACUCCGGUAUGGUCAGAGCUAAGUUCAGAAACAACCUACCAGCUAAGACUUUCGGUGCUUCCGUCAGAAUCUUCUUGUACCCAUCUAACAUUUAA